GCUUUUCUAAUGGUGCAAAAAAAGGUUUGUACUAAAUCAGCUUGAUUUCUCCGAGGAACAGAUAAACAGAAGAGGAUUUGCAACAGACCGAAAAACUGUGCUGGUAUUUCCUGCUAAUUCAAAAACUCUAACCGUAUUUUACAAUACCGACUUAUUAUUACAAAAAAAUUAGAAAUACUGUUUUGUAUGAAACCAAAGCAUUUAGAUUUUUAUGUUUUAAAUAAACCCUUUUCAAGUUUAGAAGGAAAACUAGAAAGCCUUUUGGUUUGAUGGAGUAUACUAGUACGUUUUUGUGAUGGAGUAUACUCUGCUAACUUAUAAGAUGCACGUAAUGGAAAUUUCAAGUGAAAUUUGUUUUUGGCAUUAUUAUACAUAUUCAGAUUCAGCUUAACGAGCUGAUUACGAAUAACACCUUCCGAGCCGCCACAAGCCAUUUCUUCAUGGAGAAAAACUCAAAUUACUGAGAGGACCUGUUUUUCUUCGAAAGUAUCAGUACUAUUUAUACAAAAAACAACUGUGAGUGAUCAAAUUUUGCAGCAAUUAUUAAAUGGCAUACUCCAGUUUAUAGUAUGGAGUUGUUUUAGCAGAAAUAACACAGAUAUACUUUUGAAGAAAAACAUUAGAACGAUUUAUCUCGACAAUGAAAUGCUUUUGGAUAAAUCGACUGCCUUUAAAGAAUUUUCAGCUUUGUGCAGAAUUUCAUUCUCUACAUAAUAAAUUCUAAACAUGAUCUCUUCACAAAUCCAGACCUGAUGAGCGAUCGCCACCAUUUUCGAUGCGGCGACCUGAUCGUCGAAUACCGUGGUCGAUACGCCAGCCAGCUAAUUCAUUCUCGAAUGGUCGGCGAUCACCUACUGAUGAUGCUAACGAACCAAAUUUCAGGUUUACCGAUCUGAAGGAGCAAAGUUCAAGAAGCAACAAUAAUGAAAAACCACUUAAUUUAGAAAAUUAUGUUACUGUUUAG